AUGCACGCCAUGCUCGACCUGCAGGCGGUCGCACCUGCGCUGCUGCUGGCACUCGCUGCCGCGCUCGCCGCCCGCAUCUUCGCCCCUCGCCCUUCCACCCCGCCCUCCGCCCCGACCUACGGCCCGUGGUAUCUACCGCCCUUCGUGCGCGGCGCGCUCGCCGUCUACCGCCUGGGCAAGGAAGAGGACGGCUUCCUCCUUGCGGCAAGGCGCGACUACGGCACGGUCGUCUGGGUGCCGUGGCCCAUGAGCCAGCACAUCGUCCUCGAGACCGAGGCGAUUCGCCGCGUCUACCAGGCCCCCGAGAAGGCUCUCAGCUUCUACCCGAUCCGCCGCGAGAUGCAGGGCAGCGCGUUCGGCGCGUCCUUCUGGAACGACAAGUCGAUCAUGAACGGCCAGGUCUUCCCGGUACAUGCGCGCGGUAUGAAGAACCUCGCGCCGGCCCUCGAGCGCUUCAUCACGGUCGUCCGCGCGCGCAUCGCCGACCUCGCCGCCCAAGUCGACGCUGCAACCUCUGGCGCCGUCACGAUCAAGCCGGCCGAGUGGAUCGCCGACACGUACUUCGAGGCGUCGCUCGCGGGCAUGUUCGGUCCUAACGUGCGCGACGCCAAGGGCGUCUCGCGCGACGAGCUGUGGCGCGCCUUCUGCGAGUUCGACAAGGCGUUCCCGAUCAUGGCGAGCGGCAUGGUCCCAGCAUGGCUCCUCGACCGCAUCCCGGACGUCGUCACGGGCAAGAAGGCGCAGGGCGUGCUCGCCGACAUCUUCGAGGCUUGGAUCCGCGAUGGUUUCGAGGGCCUCGACGAGGGCGUCAUCCGCGACAUGGCCGAGAUCCCGCUCAAGAACGACCUCGGCGCUCACGAGGCGGGCAAGCUCCUGAUCGCCGACUUCUGGGCACUUCAAGCGAAUGCGCCGUACAUCGGCAUUCAGCUUCUCGUCUUUCUGCUGCAGGCGCCGCAGCCGUUCCGCGACGAGCUCCUUGCCGAGAUCGACUCGUCCCUCGCCGUCACCGAAGACUCGCCCGGCCCCGACUUGCUCACCUUCCAGCACCUCUCUUCGACGUCGACCCUACCCUUGCUCUCGUCCUGCAUCACCGAGACGCUUCGUCUCGGUACGGCGACGUUCUCGAUCCGCGUCGUGCCGCAGCCGUUCGUCCUCCCGACGAGCGCAGGCGAGAAGCACCCCGAGGUCGUCAUCCCUGCCGACACUCGGCUCAUCUGCGCGACGAGGGUUCACCACCUCAACGACGAGGUGUGGGACCGAGCGAGCGAGUGGGACGGCAAGCGGUUUUUCGACGAGAAGGACAAGGGCGAGGAGGCGGGCCGGCGCAGCAGGCGAGCGAGGGACGUCUACGGGUUCGGCGGCGGCAACUCAAGGUGCGAGGGCCAGCACUUUGCGACCGCCGAGCUCAAGGCGUUCACGUCGCUCUUCUUGUCGACGUUCGAGGUCGAGGUCGUCUCGCCGGUCGGCAAGCCCGACUUUGACGAGCUAUAUGAGCCGAUCGAGCUUGCCGGCGUCGACAAGCCCGGUUUCAGGCCCAGGCGCAUUCCCGAGCGAGUCGGGAUGGGCGCGUACCAGUUCACCAACGCCGCCAACGCCGACUUUGAGCUCACGGUCCGGCGCAGGACGACGACGACGGCUUAGACGCGAGGUGGGCUCUCCUAUUCGAGCGACGGCCCGGGAGCAGGAGCUCGUAGUGUCGUGCAUCACAGACUUAUUGCGCAGUGCG